AGAUUGUCUGAUUCUCUCUCUUUUGUCAUUUGAAUGUUGGGAUUUACUUCAGGAACAAACAUACUGUGAUUGAUGUUGGAUUAAAGAAGACCAAGUCAGACCAAAUGUGACUCCGUUCUAACUGGCAGAUUUGUUGUUUGAGUUAGUUUUAAGUAUCUGGUGAAGUUCAGUGAGGUUUCUUAGCCUUUGGCUAGUUUCAAUGUGAGCAUAAGUCUCUCUACCAGAGUAUGGCCUCGUGUCUGCAUUAUCUGUCUUGCUGUCGCUGUUACUGUUGUCUGUCAGAGGAUGAAAAAUUUGCAUUGGCUGUCAGCAAAAAAAUUGACCAAGAAACAAAGCAGCUGAAAAAGAAGCAAAUGAGAGAACUCAAACUCAUAGUUCUCGGCACUGGAGAAAGUGGCAAGAGCACAUUCAUCAAACAGAUGAGAAUCAUCCAUGGGUCUGGAUACUCAGAGGAAGACAGAAAAGCCUUUGCAAAGUUGGUCUUUCAGAACAUUAUCACUGCAGUACAGUCCAUUGUGAGAGCUAUGGACACGUUGAAUAUACAAUAUCAGCUGCCGGAGAAUAAGGAAAAUUCUUACAAAAUAAAGGAACUAGAAGCCUAUAAAGUCACGACUCUUGAAAGGCACGAUGCAGAUGCAAUUAAAAGCUUAUGGAACGAUCCAGGAGUGAGAAUGUGUUAUGAACGACAACGAGAGUACCAGUUGCUUGACUCUACAAAUUAUUACCUGACUGACAUUGAUCGUAUUGCAGCCAGUGAUUACAUACCAACAGAUCAAGAUGUCUUGAGGGUUCGAGUACCAACAACAGGCAUCAAUGAGUAUUCAUUUAACAUGCAUCAAGUAUCUUUAAGAUUCGUGGAUGUUGGAGGACAGAGGUCUGAGAGGAUGAAAUGGAUUCACUGCUUUGAGAAUGUCAUAUCGGUUAUAUUCCUGGCCUCACUCAGUGAAUACGAUCAAGUCCUAGAAGAGAGGGAGAAUGUGAAUCGAAUGCAGGAAAGCCUGGGUCUCUUUCGUUUUAUUUUGAAAUCCAGCUAUUUUGUCAAUUCAUCCAUCAUUCUGUUCUUGAAUAAAAAGGAUAUUUUGGAAGAGAAGAUUAUGAAGUCACAUUUAGUGGACUAUUUUCAUGAAUUUGAUGGACCUAAAAGGAAUGCUGAAGCUGCCAUGAAAUUUAUCCAAAAAAUGUAUCAGUGCCAAAUUGAAGAUGGGAGAAGAAUCUACUCGCAUUUCACCUGUGCCACAGACACAGAUAACAUCCGCAAGGUGUACACGGAUGUUAGGGACACAGUUUUGUUUAGAAUCUUACGAGACCUGGAUUUAUUAUAGAAAGAGAAGGUAAAAGUGGUAACUUUAACCUUCCCAAUGCAGCAUGGCCAAGAACAUAAAACUCCUUAGAAGCCAUAUCAACACUUCAAUUAAUGAUACAUAUUUCUUCAUCUCUCAGCUGUUGCAACAUAGAUUUGAAAGGCACUUAUUUCCGAAAUGAAACCUUCUUGGAACUAUUGUGAUCAUAUUACUCUUGAUAUUCACACAGUUCAGCGAAGUUUAAACUGAAGAUCAACCAGGGAAGGAUGGUCAAAUGAUGAAAAGAUUGUAACAAAGCUUCAUAAAUUUUCCAAGGCUUUGGUCAAUGAUUUUGACAAUCCAUAAUUUUCCUUUAAAAGCCAGAUUGCUUACUGUACUCAGGAAUGGACAUUUGUAUUGAUACUGGGUGAUCUCAAGAUUAGAGGUAAACUGGCUGUAACGUCAAGUGAGUCCAUGAUCCUAGCACAUUCAGUGUUGGGGGAGCAUCAUGUGCCAGGAGGAGAGAACUUCACUCACUUUUUGCAAAUCAACUCUGCUGAAUACUGAAUUGACACUACUCUCUUCAGCCUGGAGAUGAUGUACAGCUCAUCCCAAUGAUGCAGUUUAGCCCUCUUGCUCUCGAACGCAGAACUUGUUGUUUAUCCUGGCAUUUGCCAACUCUGCUUGGACACAUAUGCUGCAGAUUUCAUUACAUGAUGCUGAAUGCCCUUUCCACACCAACUGGAAAUUAUACAAACUAUCUGUUACCUGAUUGAGAAUCAUGUGCGUACAGUUAUAAUGACCUAGGCCUCCAUUGUUGUAGAAAUAAUAAGUUUUCAAAGAAAUCAAGAAGCAAACAUUAUUUUUAGCAGCCCCACAAUCUUCAUCCUAUGUUGCCUGCUGCAAUCUCCUGGAGACUAACCUUUAAUUCCUGGAAGGUCCAGGACAAUUCUGGUGACCUUAUGUUUUACAUUUAAAAUCCCAACUAGGGAGUAAGGUCAACACCUUCUUUUGGGAAGAGCAAAAAUGACAGGCAAUACGAUUUUAAUGGGUAUAAAGUGAAUAGUGAGGUGAUAUAUAGUUAGUGUUUCAACAUGUGGUUGACUCUCAACUGCCUUCUGGGCAAAUUAGGGACAGGCAAUAACUAUUCACCUGGCUAGUGAUGUCCACAUCCCAUGAAUGAAUAAAACAAAUCUGUCAACACCGAUUCUAGACCAGAGAGAUGUCUCAUGGCCAGUUGGAAAUCUCUAGCUGGCCUGUUCUCCCUACUUCUGGCUCAGAGUGCCAGCACACACUUGAGUUUGAGACUGUAGAAAAUAGUACAAAAUAUUUUACUCUUACUUUGUCAUCAAAUUUUUGCCCCUGCCCCCUACUCCUAGAAGUGUUGACUUCUUCUCAAGCUCAGAUUUCCGCUUGCUCUCGAGCUGCCUAGUCCAAAUAGCCCAUUUGUCAAACCUUGACAAUCAGUGUUUGCAGGCUACUUGACAGGAGCAACAUCACAAGCCAGUCAGAUCUCCUUGUUAUUUGAUUAUCUAUGUAGUUGCACUCCCAGUGGGAAAUUGAGCAAGCAGGAAAUGGUAACAGUUUUCAUCACCUUAGCACAGGGGCAAUGAAAAUUAGAUGGUUAUUAUAUUGGGAGAGUCAAAAACUGCAAUGUCAGUUUGAGGCGUGGUUGAAAACAUCCUACUCACCAACAAAAUUGACCUAACUCUACUAAACUAAAAUGAUGCUGGAAAUCUGAAACAAAAAAAGAAAUUGCUGAACAAACUCAGCAGGUUUGGCACCAUCUGUGGAGAGAAAGCAACAUUAAUCUUUGAUCCAGUGACCCUUUAGGAUUCCUUCUCUCCACAGAUGCUGCCAGAACUGCUGAGUUUCUCCAGCAAUUUCUGUUUAUGACCUAGUUUUACAAAUGAUGGUAAAAUAUAAAUGCAAAUUAUUCCUAUUUUUAAGUCAUAAAUAAAUAAGAUAAAGAAAAUUAAUAAAGUGAUUUUGACUAUAAUGAUAAUGAAAAAUAUAGAUGCUAGUCUCUUUCUCCAUUGUGGAUCACCUGUUGGGUCAUUCCUCCAGGUUAGUAUGCUAACAAAAACAUAAGUGAGUCCCUGAACCUUUUAUUUUCAUUUUUAGAACUUCUAUAACAGAUUGUGGAAGUUUCAGUUCUGUAGAUAAAGUAUUUAUAGUGACACAUAUUCUGCAUAAACUGGGAUUUGGAAAUAGCCAGUUGGUGGCUGACCAGAAUACCUUGUUGUGAGGACUGCUCUCCUAAUCGGAUCUGUACCAUCAAGAAUUUUAAGCUGUCUCAGUACACUGUACUAAUAUCGUAAUUCGAUAAGCAAUAACCUGUGGUCUA